AACUUGCACGCAACAAACACACCCCGCUCGUCCUCUUAUCUCCUCAAUCUGCCUUUCCCUUAUUUAAAUCUGUAAGAGAGGGAAAAAAAUAAUUCAUUUUGAUUGCUUACAUCUGUGGAUACAUUUUCAAAACAAAAAAAAAAAAAAAAGCAAAGGAGGUGGUGAGUUUUUGGUUGAUGAGUUGAUAUGCGAAAUUUUAGAGAGGUGAAGUGUUCAUGGGGACUGGGGAGUUUGGUCAGGAGAAAGCAAGUUGAUUCCGUUCAUUUCAAGAGAGAGGGUCACCAGUUGGCUAGGAAAUUGUCUGCCAUCGACCUCAUUGCUAUUGGAGUGGGCUCCACCAUUGGAGCUGGUGUGUAUAUUCUUGUUGGAGCAGUUGCUAGAGAGCACACAGGACCUGCCCUUGCUAUCGCUUUCCUAGUUGCUGGAAUAGCGGCUGCCCUCUCAGCAUUUUGUUAUGCGGAGCUUGCAUGUCGCUGCCCAUCUGCUGGGAGUGCCUAUCAUUACACAUAUGUUUUCCUUGGAGAGAGUGUUGCUUGGUUGGUUGGUUGGGCACUGAUUCUGGAAUAUACUAUUGGUGGUUCAGCUGUUGCUAGAGGCAUAUCACCGAAUCUGGCUCUGUUUUUCGGAGGAGGAGAUAAACUUCCUGCUUUCUUAGGCCGUCAAACCAUCCCCGGGCUUGGUAUUGUGGUUGAUCCAUGUGCAGCAAUUUUAGUUAUUAUUGUGACAGUGCUAUUAUGCACCGGAAUAAAGGAGAGUUCAUUGGCCCAAGCUAUCGUUACGACAGUGAACAUUCUCGCCAUGCUUUUUAUUAUAACAGCUGGUGGAUAUUUGGCUAUGAAGACUGGAUGGACUGGAUAUAACCUUCCUAGUGGGUAUUUUCCUUUCGGAGUAAAUGGGAUGCUUGCAGGAUCUGCUGUAGUUUUCUUUUCAUAUAUUGGUUUUGAUGCAGUCACUAGCACAGCUGAGGAGGUGAAAAAUCCUCAAAGAGAUCUGCCUCUGGGUAUAGGGAUGGCUUUGUUUAUAUGUUGCGUAUUGUAUAUGCUUGUGUCCAUUGUCAUUGUUGGGUUAGUCCCAUACAAUGCAUUGAAUCCGGACACUCCUAUCUCCUCAGCAUUUGAAGACAAUGGGAUGCAGUGGGCAGCGUAUAUAUUAACAACUGGGGCAGUAACUGCACUUUGUUCAAGUUUAAUGGGUUCUCUUCUUCCUCAGCCACGAGUCUUGAUGGCAAUGGCUAGAGAUGGAUUAUUGCCAUCAUUUUUCUCGGACAUCAAUGAACACACUCAAAUUCCAAUGAAGAGCACAGUAGUAACUGGAAUACUUGCAACACUCCUGGCAUUUUUUAUGGAUGUUUCUCAGUUAGCUGGAAUGGUUAGCAUAGGUACACUGCUUGCCUUCACAGCUGCUGCAGUUUCAGUCCUAAUACUUAGAUAUGUUCCCCCGAAUGAGGUGCCACUGCCAUCAUCACUUGAAUGGUGUAUAGAUUCAGAGUCACUUGGUUUUAUUAGUGAUAUGAAGAAGAUAGAAAGUGCAAAUCUCCAGGAAGCUAUUGAAGCUAGCGGUGGAAACCAACAUUUACUUGCCAAUCAGGAAGCAUCCAUUGAAUAUCCUCUUAUUGAGAAACAAAUAGCUCAAGAAAAUCACGAAAAGAGGCGAAAAGUUGCAAUUUGGUCUAUAUGCCUUGUGUGCAUUGGAGCUUUUGUCCUUGCAUCUGCAGCAUCAGCUGAAGAUAUUCCCAGCUUUUUUCAAUUCACGCUAUGCGCAAUUGGUGGAGUUAUCCUGUUCUGCAGUUUGAUCAUUCUGUCCUGCCUAGGCGAGGAUGAUGCAAGGCACAGCUUUGGACAUGCCGGAGGUUUUCUUUGCCCAUUUGUUCCAUUCUUACCAGCUGCUUGCAUUCUCAUCAACAUCCACUUACUAAUUGACCUCGGGGUUGGAACAUGGAUUCGUGUUUCGAUAUGGUUGGUUAUGGGGGCAGUGAUUUAUAUAUUUUACAGCCGAACCCACAGCGUGCUGAGAAAUGCAGUUUAUGUUCCAAAAUCUUAUGCGGAUGAGAUCUAUCGUUUCUUGUCAAAUAAAGUGGUAUAGAUUACGUGUGCCAAAGCUGCUUACUCCAUGUCCGAGCGUCUGCCAGUCCGCUUAGUUUGAAAGAAACGAGUCUGAUCAUGUUUACAUUAUUUAUCUCAUUACAUUCUGUGGCAUCAAUUGCCAUGAAAGGAAAAAACAAGGUUUAAUGCUUUUCGAGAAGUGACAAAAGCUGCCUUCUCCAUUUCUUGUAAAAUAAAUAGAAAGGAACAUCUUCCUCCCAGUUCAUCAGAGGAACAAAAAACAUAUAAUUUUCUUUUUGCAAA